CGUGUUUUGCGACCCAGAUCGCGCCGGCCGGCGGGCCGUCAGUCGGCCGGGCUUCGCGGUUGAGAGAAGAGAGCGGUGGCGGCCAGCGCACACAGGACGCCGGCCGGCGUCAUGCCCGUGUUCAGCCUGCGAGGGACGCGCCGCCAGCAGCCAGCUGGUGGCGUGCGCGACAAAGAGAUGCCUUCGGCCAAAGUACACGUCAGCGCAGCGACCGACCGUGCCAGGACCGCCAUCAGCGCCGGCUCAGCAAAUGGCCGGCCACGGACGGCUGACCUGGCCUUGACCUCUGGUCAGGUCACGCCGUACUCUCGCCUCAUCAGUCAGCUUCGCAACGAUGAACGUCUGAUGAAGGAAAUGACCCUGGGGAAGCGGGUGGGCUUCUACCGCUUCUACGGUGACCUGGGCACGGGCAACUUCUCCCAGGUCAAACUGGGUGUGCACCAGCUGACCAAUGAGCGAGUAGCAGUCAAAAUUCUAAGCAAGGCCAAGUUAGACCAGAAGACCCAGAGAAUGCUGGCUCGCGAAAUAGCCAACAUGGACAAAGUUCACCAUCCAAACAUCAUCAGGCUGUACGAGGUGCUGGAGACACUCUCCAAGAUCCACCUGGUGAUGGAGCAUGCGCCUGGCGGCGAGCUCUUCCACAAGAUCACCACUGAGGGUCGGCUAUCAGAACGGCGGGCCCGGCCCCUAGUUGCACAACUGGUGUCAGCCGUUCAGCACAUGCACCUCAAUAACAUGAUUCACCGCGACAUCAAGGCCGAGAACGUAUUCUUCUCGCGGCCGGACGUCGUGAAGCUGGGCGACUUCGGCUUCAGCACGCUGGUGUGCGAGCCCGACCAGCAUCUGACCACCUUCUGCGGCUCGCCGCCGUACGCGGCGCCCGAGCUCUUCCGCGACGACUACUACACGGGCGCUGCUGUCGACGCGUGGGCACUAGGCAUCCUCAUCUUCUUCAUGGUGGCCGGCGCCAUGCCGUUCCGCGCCGGCACGGUGACGGCGCUGAAGCGGCAGAUCUUGUCGGGCGCGGUGACGAUGCCGGACAGUGUCAGCGACGACUGUCAGCAGCUGCUGCGCGGUCUACUGCGGCAGAGUCCGGCCGACCGGCUCUCGCUGCAGGAGGUGGCCAAGCUCGGCCUCGAGUCGGAGGCGCUCGAGUCGCACUGGGAGCGCGGCGGCCGCAGCCCGAUCACCGGCGUCUACCGCAUCAUGAUGCACAGGCUGAUGCGCGUGGAGGCCGGCGAGCUGGUCGAGUCGGGCUCGCCGCUGCGGCUGGAGUCGCGACCGACAAGCGCCGGCCCGGCCCCGGCCCCGACCACCGACGCCGCCGACAAACAUGCCAAAUCGAAAACUCGUAUCUUGAAAAAGACAUCGUCAGAGCAUCUGGAGGCGCUGGAGCAGGUGUUGCAGCGCUUGUCGGACGGCAGCCUGAGACUGCAAAGGAAGAAGUGUCGGUUUGGCGCGUCGUCGGUCGUCUACCUGGGUCACCGCGUCGAAGCCGACGGAGUGAAGCCAGCGGCGGAUGAGACAGAGCCACGCGAAACGCUCCAGCUGCUAAAGAACUAG